GGAUUACCGGCUCGGUUCAGAUCAUUCAUGCCUUGAACGAUGCGGAUAUUCCAUUUCAUCAGACGGAGCUCAUCUGUCAGAAUGUCCUCCGACAACAGUCUUUGGAUGCCCGUGUGCCGGACAGCGAUGAGCUCGAGGCGCAUGAGACCAUCAAGGGCAGCGAAGGUGCAGCUGUCCUCCGUGUCCGUCGAGAAGGCUCUCCAUCACUGCGAUUUGAGUUUGUUGAACAUGGCGGCCACAAUCGCGUCAUCACGUAUGCUCCAGUAGCUGCGGCUGUCUUUCGCGCAUUCGAGGGCCUUCUCACAUCAGCCGUCACCGAGGGAGAGGAACAAGAAGGAAAAGUUCAAGCGGAGCACUGUCGCAGUGAAGGUGGAAUUUAGCGGCGCGUCGCCCACGGCAGCCUCCACAUCGCGACGGUUUCUGCACGGACACAUUGCAGGUCCUGAUUUGUUUGCUCGAGAAUACAUGGAGUCUCUUCAUUUGUAAGUGUCAGCUUUGAGCUCAUUCACCCAACUAUCGCCAUACAAGAAUCGGCCAGGAGCGCCCAUCCAGCCCAAGGAUUGAUUCAGCCAAACGUCUGCAAUCAAAGAGUCUUCACAAGGGCCGAGACUCCCACCAACGCAAGUCAGAAUCAUGACCAUCAAGCUCAUUCCGCGGCUAACCUCCGCACCCACAAGCUCGCUAUGUCGUCCGCCAUCUCCCCCAUCCUUCCGGCGAUCACCAAGCUACAAAUUCUCGAUGCACUGAUUUGCGCUGCGUUCGAGCUUCACUCUGGCGGACGAGCAGUUCUGGAAUUUGCGAAAGUCCUCUUUGGCAACGUGCCUGUAGCCAACGCGGUAGAGGAACGCGAAGAAGAUGAGAAAAAUGUUGGCAUGAAUGGCCAUUGGGGCGAAUCGGGGGCUUGCACUGCGCUUGCUCGCGCCUACUUCCUCCUCAUCGAGCAUGGUGAAGAUGCCAAUGCCGAAGAAGUGAAGAAGAUCGCGAUGAGCAGGUUCAUCAAGGCUGGGUUCGAGGCGCAGGUAGCCAAGAUCAGAGAAGGCGGAUAGUCCAGCUGGGACGAGGGUUGCCCCAAGCAUGGCGCAUAGUCUGUCGUGCAGGAGGUACAGUUGGAGGACGUCCUGGCUAUCACUGCUACCUAGUCACUGUACGAGGGAAGGGCUGUUCAUCGGGCUGUUAGUGAGGAGUACGCUUGGCCGGGAAUU